AUGCCUCCCCGCAUUCUACUCCAGCCUUCAUUGAGGGCCCUCACAGGCCCUUCCUCCGUGCAGCUCCCAUUUGCAGCAUUGUCGCUCAACCCGGCGAAAACCUCCGUAAGAGCUGGGUCUACAGAGUCUCGAGAGCGCAGACGCCAUGACCCUUUCCUUAUGGCGCAAUCUCGCCAACGCAAGGCCGCCAACAUCUCUCGCCAGAAAGCCCUCACCAAAGAGCGCGAAGGGUCUGUCGGAGACCCCGUCCAAAGCGAACCUACACCCUUUAUCCAGGAACUCAGAAAGACCCAAGCGACUUUGCAGGACACAGACCUCAAUUACUUCGUCACACCGGAUGGUCUCAAUGAGGCGAUGGAGUACUCGAAGAACCUGACAUCACCGAUUCGGAACCCGGACCGCGACACUGCUGAUCCUCAGCUCGAGAAAGAAGCGGCUGAGAAGCAUCUUCAAGAACAUCGGAAUGCACAGGAAGCCAUCCGUCGUAUUGUCAGUGUCGCCAACGGAAACACAAAGGACCACAUGCGGCUUCACAUCCAGAAAUGCAUUGAGACCUUUGGCCGGCAUAAGACCGACAGCAAAACUCCCCGCGUUGGUCCGGAUACUGGCUCUCCGGAAGUACAGGUUGCCAUUCUCACUGCAAAGAUCAUGAACUUGUCUAGACAUCUCCAGACGACGAAAAAGGACCGACACAACAAGCGCAACUUGCGUCUACUUGUUCACAAGAGACAGAAGUUGCUUCGUUACUUGCGGAGGAAGGAAAGAGGUGGUCCCCGGUGGCAGAAUCUGAUGGAGAAGCUGGGUCUCUCGGAAGCUGCUUGGAAGGGUGAGAUCUCCAUGUAA